AUGAGUUCAACCAGUGUCAAGCACCAAAAUUUUAUUUCCGAACCAAUGGGUGACAAACCUGUUACGGAACUUGCAGGAAUUGGUGAUGCUCUAGGCAGUAAACUUCAUGAAAUAGGCUUCGAUAAAGCUUAUGUCGUCCUCGGCCAAUUCUUAUUAUUAAAGAAGGACGAAGAAUUAUUUAUGGAGUGGCUAAAAGAUACUAUCGACGCGAACAAAAAACAAGGCGGAGACUGCGUACAGUGUUUAGUGGAAUGGUGUGAUGCAUUUCUGUAA